AUGCGUAAUGCUUUGAACAACUUAGCCGACACCGUUGAAGAUCCAGAAGACAAGAACAGAUUUGAAAAUGAAAUGGACAACUUUUUCUCCCUUUUCAGAAGAUACUUGACUGAAAAAGCUUCCGGUUCCACUUUGGAUUGGGAAAAAAUCAGAUCUCCUUCUGCUGAUGAAGUUGUUGCAUACUCCGAUUUGAACGAUACCGACAGCUCUACCAACUUGUCCAAAUUGGCAGUCUUGAAAUUGAAUGGUGGUUUGGGUACUUCCAUGGGUUGUGUUGGUCCUAAAUCCGUCAUUGAAGUCAGAGAUGGAAACACUUUUUUGGAUUUGUCCGUCAGACAAAUUGAAUAUUUGAACAGAAAAUACGACGCUGAUGUCCCAUUGUUGUUGAUGAACUCUUUUAACACUGAUGCCGAUACUGCCAAAAUCAUCAAGAAAUACCAAGGUCACAGAAUCAGAGUCAAGACUUUCAACCAAUCCAGAUUCCCAAGAAUUUAUAAGGAUUCUUUAUUACCAGUCCCAGAAACUUAUGACGAUUCUCUUGAAGCUUGGUAUCCACCAGGUCACGGUGACUUGUUUGAAGCUUUGGUUCAAUCUGGUGAAUUGGAUGCCUUAUUAGCUCAAGGUAGAGAAGUUUUGUUUGUUUCCAAUGGUGAUAACUUGGGUGCCACUGUUGAUACCAAGAUUUUGGACCAUAUGAUUGAAACUGGUGCUGAAUAUAUUAUGGAAUUGACCCCAAAAACAAGAGCCGAUGUUAAAGGUGGUACUUUGAUCAACUACCAAGGUGAAGUCAGAUUAUUGGAAAUUGCUCAAGUUCCAAAAGAACACGUUGAAGAAUUCAAGAGUAUCAAGAAAUUCAAAUAUUUCAACACCAACAACUUGUGGAUCAACUUGAGAGCCAUCAAGAAAUUGGUUGAAGCCAAUGCCAUUGAAGCUGAAAUCAUUCCAAAUCAAAAAUCCAUUUCUCAUGGUAAAUCAGAUGUCAACGUUUUACAAUUAGAAACUGCCGUUGGUGCUGCUAUUAGACAUUUCAAAGGUGCCCAUGGUGUUGUUGUUCCAAGAUCAAGAUUCUUGCCAGUUAAAACCUGUUCCGAUUUGUUGUUAGUUAAAUCCGAUUUGUUCUAUUUGGAACACGGUGCUUUAAGAUUAGACCCAACUAGAGAUGGUUUCUCUAACCCAUUGAUCAAAUUAGGAUCUCAUUUCAAAAAAGUCAGUGGAUUCCAAUCUAGAAUUCCUUACAUUCCAAAGAUUUUAGAAUUAGAUCACUUGACCAUUACUGGUAACGUUACUAUUGGUAAGGGUGUCCAAUUGAAAGGUACUGUCAUCAUUGUGUGUAAUGAUGGUGAUAAGAUCGAUAUUCCAAAUGGUUCUAUUUUGGAAAAUGUCGUGGUUACUGGUAACUUGACUAUCUUGGAACAUUAA